UCAGUUCAUGUUCAAGAUCAUUCGUAUCUCGUGACGUGUUCAUUGCCUGCGUCUGUUUGAAACUCGCCACCCGUCCCCUUUCACGCCACAUCAUGUACGACCCGCCGCCGGAACGUCCGUCCGAAUCGGACUGCUGCGGUAACGGAUGCGCGGAAUGCGUGUUCGACGUGUACGACCGGGAGUGCGCGCGGUGGCGACAUCGGCUCCGGGCCGGCGGCGAAGGCGAUCGGCUGCGGCGGGAUUUGCUGUCGGCCACCAAGCACAAGCCGUACAGGAUCGUUUCCACAGUGGCUCUGGCCGACGACGUACGCGCGUACACGUUCGCGGCCAUACCGACGGCCGUUGGCCGGCUGCCGAUAGCGUACACACAGCACGUGCACAUCCGGCUAGCGGACGGCCUCAGCAGACCGUACACACCAGUGGCCCUGGGCGACGACGAUUGCUCGUUUGACGUCCUUGUCAAGGCCUACCCAGGUGGACGGUUUACUGGGCGGUUGUCGGAAAUGACCGUUGACGACGUCGUCACGGUGCGCGGGCCUUUCGGCGGCGUACGGUAUGACGGAUACGAUUCGAUAGUUAUGUUUGCCGGCGGUACCGGUGUGGCCGCCUUCGUGGGUCUAAUUGGGUCGGUGUUAGACGAUGAUAAGUGUGAGGUAUUGCUGAGACUGCACUACUCGUGUAAGACUCUCGACGGAGUGCUGAUGCGCAAGGAGCUGGCCGUUCAAGCGGCUUACUGGAACUGUGCAGUACAUUUGUAUUUGACGAGGGAACACGAUUGGUCACAAUGUUCAAAAUCCUUUUGGUACAAUGAAAAUAUAACAAAAGGAAGAAUAUCACAAGACUGUAUAGCUAAAAUAAUCGAUAAGCAACACGACUUGAGAACGUUAUGGCUCAUUUGUGGAAAUGAUGAAUUUAAUCAAUAUGUCUUCAACUCCUUAGUAAAUUACAAUAUUAAACAAGACAAUAUUCAAUUAUUAAAUAAUACUACCAAAAAUUUUGAAGUAUCUUGAUAUUGUAUAAUCAGGUAUCCUACUAGCAAAAUAAGAAUUUGAAAAUUGGCAAUAAAAUUGCUCAUCUGUUCAAACAAAUCGUUAAAAUUUAGCUAUUGUUAUUUAAUAUUUAAAAACUUUUUAAAAGAACAUGAAUAAUUUAUUUACAUAUUUUUACCAUUGAUGACCAAAACGAUAAUUUAUCAACAUUCCCCUUUUAAGUAAAAAAUUUAUAGUUCAAUCAUUUACUCUAAGUGGUAGGUGAACCAUUUUUCUGUACCCAAUACACAAUUAUUUUAAUAAAAUAUUAUUUGUUAUUCACUAUACAACAGUGCAGUAUAGUAUAACUUGAGCAUAAAAAUAUUUCAGUAGUAAGUAUAGAUAAACUAAUUAAGGCUUUACUUAAUACUCUCAAGUUUAAAAGUUAGCCAACAUUUUACUAAAAAUAUUUAUACUAAGGUCCAAAAGUUAACCUAAAUUUAACACCAUUUUACUGAAUGCUUCUUUAAAACAAAUUGUGAAAUAAUAAAAACUGAAUACAAUCAUGAUGUUCUAAUCCAUGUAUUCUAUAAAAGUGAUAGUUUACUCUUAUUUAUUUAAAUUUACUCGAUUUAUCAUGUAUGUAAUUCAAGUGUUGACUACAAGACAUUAUACAAUUAAUAGGUAGUGGUGAUAUUUGACAUUAAUAUCAUAGCUUUUGUUCAUUUAUCUUGACUAAUCAACUAUCAUUGAUUUUAUUACAAAUAUAAAUUUGAUAUUUUUACCA